UAUUUCACUUCAGGCAUUAGGCUUCUAGUCCCAGUCCCACACCUGACAGCAGAAUGUCUGACAAAGGAACCUUCGAUACCAACGUGCUGACCCUCACCAGGUUUGUUCUGGAGGAGGGCAGGAAGGCCCAGGGAACAGGUGAGCUGACGAACCUGCUGAACUCAAUCUGCACAGCUGUUAAAGCCAUCUCAACUGCUGUCAGGAAGGCUGGGAUCGCUAACCUAUAUGGCAUUGCUGGAAGCACCAAUGUGACAGGGGACCAGGUGAAGAAGCUGGACAUCCUGUCCAAUGACCUGGUCAUCAACAUGAUCAAGUCCUCAUUCAGCUCCUGUGUGCUGGUGUCAGAGGAAGAUGAGAAGGCCAUCAUUGUGGAACCAGACAAGAGGGGAAAAUACAUUGUAUGCUUUGACCCACUUGAUGGUUCCUCAAACAUUGACUGUCUUGUCUCGAUUGGAACAAUCUUCGCCAUCUACAAAAAGACCACAGAUGAUGAGCCAUGUGAGAAUGAUGCUCUGCAGCCUGGAAGACAGCUCGUGGCAGCUGGUUAUGCUCUGUACGGCAGCGCCACCAUGAUGGUCCUCUCCACCGGUCAAGGGGUCAACUGCUUUAUGCUCGACCCUUCAAUCGGUGAGUUCAUCUUGGUGGAUCGGGAUGUGAAGAUUAAGAAAAAGGGAAAAAUCUACAGUUUGAAUGAAGGAUAUGCACAGCAUUUUUAUCCAGAUGUGACAGAGUACCUACAAAAGAAGAAACACCCAGGGGAUGGUUCUGCUCCAUACGGCAGUCGAUAUGUUGGCUCCAUGGUUGCUGAUGUUCAUCGUACUUUGGUGUAUGGAGGCAUCUUUUUAUAUCCUGCUAAUGUCAAGAGUCCUAAGGGCAAGCUAAGGCUGCUGUAUGAAUGCAACCCCAUGGCCUUCAUCAUAGAGCAGGCAGGCGGCAUAGCCACCACAGGAUCUAUCAAUGUUCUGGACAUCCAGCCCAGCACCAUUCACCAGAGAGUCCCUGUGGUCCUGGGAUCCCCCGAUGAUGUGCAGGAGUAUAUUUCCAUCUUUAAGAAGCAUAACAAAUGAGUUUCUUUGGAUUUAACAGGUAGAGUCUGGUGGUCAGCAAACUAAAGCAGUACUAACAGUACAUCAAGUGCUUUGUACUCAUUCCUUCAACUGCACUGAUUAAAGGAACCAGGAACCUCAUGAACUCUGCCUCACACUGUACUGUGUGUUAUUUGUAGAGACUUACCCUGUAUUUUUUAAAUAAAGACAAAUAAAAAGUU